AUGCCAGGGACCCUGUUGCCCCCGAGAUCGCAGCGGCACCACGCACAAAUGGAGCGAACAUCAGCUUCCCAGCCGGAUCUUUACUUGAUCUCGGAUCAGGAUAUCGUGUAUGAGCAGGAUCUGCUCCGAGAUCCCGGCAGCGUCACACCAUGGCUGGCUUAUAUCGAGUUCAAACAGCAGCAUGGGACGCUUUACGAGCAGGCGUUCGUCAUGGAACGCGCUUGCAAACAGCUGCCUAGGUCAUACAAGCUGUGGAAGAUGUACUUGGAAUUCAGAGUGAAUCAUCUUCGAGGAAGAAAUGCUGCUAUACAUCGCUCGGAGUAUCAGAAGGUCAAUGCACUAUUCGAAAGGGCUCUUGUUCUGUUGAACAAGAUGCCCCGGAUAUGGGAGAUGUAUCUCUCCUUUCUCCUACAGCAGCCAAUUGUAACGCAGACACGCCGCACAUUCGACCGAGCGCUUCGUGCUCUACCAGUCACUCAACACAAUCGAAUCUGGAGGCUGUAUAAACCGUUCGCGCGUUCUGCCUCGGGCGAGACUGCUGUGAAGAUCUACAGUCGAUAUAUGCAGAUUCACCCAGAGAACGCGGAGGAAUAUAUCGAUCUCCUCAUCGAAAUGGGCCACUACACCGAAGCUGUGAAGAGAUAUAUUGAGAUUCUCGACAACCCCCGCUUUCAGUCAAAGCAAGGUAAAAGCCACUUUCAGCUGUGGAGUGAAAUGGUCGAAUUGCUUGUCAACAAGGCCAAGGAGAUCGAAACCGGUGCCCACGUUGGAAUCGAUGUUGAUGGCAUCAUCCGGAGUGGUAUUGAACGAUUUGCUGAUCAGCGAGGAAGACUCUGGGCUGGCCUGGCUACCUACUGGAUUACCAGGGGAAACUUCGAAAAAGCGCGAGAUAUCUUCGAAGAGGGUAUCACUACCGUCAUGACCGUUCGCGACUUCACUAUGAUCUUCGACUCGUAUGUGGAGUUUGAGGAAUCGGUCAUUGGGAAUCUCAUGGAAGAGGCAUCGGUUCGUGCUAGUAAGGGCAAGGUCGAUGAAGAUGCAGAUCUCGACCUGGAUCUUCGUAUGCUGCGGUUUGAACAGCUCAUGGACCGAAGACCUUUCUUGGUUAACGACGUCCUCUUGAGACAAAAUCCGAACAAUGUCAUCGAAUGGGAGAAGCGAGUUGCCUUAUGGGGUGACAAUAAAGCAGAGGUCGUUCAAACGUACACGAAUGCCAUUGCUGCGAUCAACCCGAAGAAGGCGCACGGAAAGUUCCACGAACUCUGGGUGAAUUAUGCCAAGUUCUACGAGAAAGGCGGAGACCUCGAUACUGCCAGGAUUAUCAUGGACAAGUCUGUCAAAGUACCUUUCAAGACGGUGAACGAGCUGGCAGAAACCUGGUGCGAGUGGGCUGAAAUGGAGCUACGAAAUGAAAACUUCGACAAAGCAGUCGAGAUCAUGGCCAAAGCUACCCAGGCGCCGAAGAAGUCUACCGUGGAUUACUUCGACGAGACUCUCUCACCACAGCAACGAGUCCACAAGAGCUGGAAAUUGUGGAGUUUCUAUGUUGAUCUUGUUGAGAGCGUCGGUACACUAGAAGAGACGAGGAAGAUAUACGAGCGUAUCUUCGAGUUGCGAAUCGCUACUCCCCAGACUGUGGUCAACUAUGCCAACCUCUUGGAGGAAAACAAGUAUUUUGAAGAAUCUUUCAAGGUCUACGAACGCGGUCUCGAUCUUUUCAGCUAUCCUGUGGCCUUUGAACUCUGGAAUUUGUACUUGACGAAAGCCGUGGAUAGGAAGAUUUCGAUCGAACGUCUACGAGAUCUCUUCGAACAGGCUCUGGAUGGAUGCCCUCCGAAAUUUGCAAAGGUGCUGUAUUUGAUGUAUGGCAACCUUGAAGAAGAGCGUGGUCUCGCAAGACACGCUAUGAGAAUAUAUGAGAGGGCUACCCGCGCGGUUUCCGACGAAGACAGGUUCGAGAUGUUCGAUUUCUAUAUCACGAAAUCUGCGUCGAACUUCGGGUUGACGUCUACGAGACCGAUCUAUGAGCGGGCUAUCGCAGCCCUGCCAGACAAGGAGGCAAAGGACAUGUGUCUCAAGUUUGCAGAGAUGGAGAGAAGAUUGGGAGAGGUCGACCGUGCUCGUGCUAUCUAUGGCCACGCUUCCCAAUUCUGCGACCCUCGAACAAACGCAGGUUUCUGGCAGAAAUGGGAGGCUUUCGAAGUGCAGCACGGAAACGAAGAUACUUUCAAGGAGAUGCUUCGUAUCAAGCGAAGUGUGCAAGCCCAGUACAACACCGAUGUCAACUUCAUCGCCUCUCAAGCAAUUGCCCGCAGUCAGCAGCGAACAGAAGAAGGUAUUCCGGAGACAGAAGAAGAGAAGGAACGUGCUGAUGCCAUGGCUGCCUUGGAGCGGCAAGCUCGCGCUCCUAUCGGCUUUGUGGCUGCAAGCACCGGCCCGGAAGGCGGAAAUCGACCCCCGCCCGCUGGACAAGAGCCCCAGCCUGCUGCUCCUGUCAAUCCAGAUGCCAUCAAUCUGGAUGAAGACAUGGAUGCCGAAGACUAA